GCUACAUAGAAAAAGAAAGAAAAAAAAAUCCGUUUUAAAUCACACCUCUAUUCAAGUAUCUAAGAAGACCGGUUGAAUCAACAAAUAGCGAACAUGGCUCUCCGAUGUCCCCUUUCGCCGUCGCCGCUACCCGGGCCUAUGACACCGCACAACUUGACAGGUAAGCAACGCCGACGCCUGGAAGCCUUGCAACUGCACUUGAACGAGCCUGAGCUGGUCCUCAUCUGCCGGCCUUGCGGCUACGCCUUGAAGCCCUUCGAGGAGCGCGUGAGUCGCCACCUGGCCGAGAAGCACGACGUGCCCAAGCGGCAACGCCGUGGGCUGAGCACGCUGGUGAAGUCCCUACGACUGGGGGACCCGAACGACGUCGCCCUCCGUCCCGACGGCCUCCCACCGCAUGAAGCGCUGACGGUCACCCGCGGCCAUGCCUGCCACCACUGCAGCUACCGGACGGCAAGCGAUGACCUGGUCUGCCGCCACCUCUCCAAGGCACACGGCAUCAAGGACUCGCGGAAGGCGGACGGCUGGCAACGGGACCAUAUCCACAGCGGUGUCCUACUCCAGAGCUGGUCACAGAACGGUACGCGGGGCUUUUGGAUAGCACAGCCGCGAACGUCGGAGUUGCCGCCACUCGGCGAUGAUAUGGGCUGGAUGCGUCGCACCGGCUGGGAUCUCAUGUUUGACGGUGCCCGCCGCGACUUUCUCGUAAGGAUCUCUCGAGAGGAUGAAACUAGACUACAGCAUAUCAUGUCGGCCGUGGAUGGCGUUUUUGACCGUCGCGAGGACACAAUACGCCACACUGAUGUCUCCAUGCGUUGCUGGCUCCGCAGCUCGGAGCCCCACCGCCCUUACAAGGCGCCGUUUGAGCUGGUCGCCCGGCGCUCGUCCACUUAUAAAUACCGCCGAUCGGUGAAACGACUUCUGUGCUUCUGCAUUCGAUUAUGGCGCCUUCUACUGGGAACGCGGCUGUCGCACUGCCAGAGAUCACUCACCAUCGCUCAGUCGCACGCGCUUGAAACAUUCUGAUGCGGACAGUCAAAGUGUUUUGCGGAUGAGAACAAGGACACGGGCAAUGGGGAUAUCAUCUGC